CUAUUUAGGCUAACAACCCAGAGAAAUAUCUCCUCUACGCUGCCCGUUUUUCGUUCUCCUUCCGCUUCUUCUGCUUCAUUUACUUAUUUCCCAGCUCCGACAGCCCAUUGGAGGCCGGAUGCCGGAGAUUUGGAGGAAUGAGAUAUCAUGGAUCGCUAAAGGAGAUAGUAGUUUCAUUUGAGCUUCUAUGAUUGUUUGAGUUUUCUCUAUUUUUAAAUUUUGGAUUAAUGGGUAGAGGCAGAGGGAAGGGGAAAAAGUUAACAGUAGUGACAAGCCAUGAAGAUCCAGGGAGUGGUGGUGAAGAGGUUCUUCCUGCAUAUAAGAGGAGGGGAAGGCCACAAAAGCCUUUAAAAGAUGACAUUGACGAAGAGGAUACUGAGAAGAUUGAAGAAGAAGAAGGAGAUGAUGUGAAACCUUCUGCCUCGAGCAAAGAUAUAAAAGGCUCAGCAGUUGAGAAUGGGAAGAAGAGGAAGAGGUAUUCACAAGUAAAAGAAAAUUCUGAUUCAGUCCUGGAGGAAAACGGUACUGGUGUGAGAUCCAACAACGAGGAGUCAACUAGGGCUAAUGGCUUUCGGCAAAACGGAAGCCGGCGAAAGAGCAAACCUCGGCGGGCUGCUGAAGCAGGAGUUGAGUGCAAGUGAGAUUUGCGACGGCAUCUUGUUUUGGGUUUUCCAUCUUCCUGUUGCCAGAUAUAUCGCGCAGCUCAAAGUCCUUAGUGGCUUUUCCUUUCCAUGUUCAUUUCUGUUUUGCUUUUUAUGUUGUUUUGUCCAUGAAUGAACUUAUCUGGGAGGUGGCGGUCUAAAUAUGCUGUUUUAUAAUUUUCCUUGACACCAUAAAGCUGUUAUAAGUAUUUGCUUUGGCUUAAAUGCAGUUUCUGUAGGCUGCAGAAUUAUAAGCAUGAAGUUUUCUUA